UCAGAUGAAGUGGUUCUUUCUGACGCUACAGAAGUGUAUUUUGUGGUAAAUUGGAGCUGCCCAUUAUCUGGGUCUGCGUGUGCUUCGUUGGUUCUCCAUGGCAACUUUAAAAUUUGUGUUUGUUGCAGUAUCAGCGUGAAUAAUAGUUUUCUUUGCAGUUGUUUACGUCUCUGAAACAGCAAAUAACGGUUUUUAACGACCAUCCUUACGAGUUUGAGAGAGAGAGAGAGAGUAAAACACGUGUUCUAACUUUCGUAUCCCAAAGAGCACUUGAAUGGAAAAGGUAUAACAGACUAGAAGCUUAGAGGAACGUAAGAGUGACCAAUGUUUUUAUGGUGGUUGUGAAGAGUACAGUACAGCUUGAGAGAAAGUCGGAAGCGUGGCAGCACUGCAGGACACACGUGUUCGCCUACUACCUGAGAUCGAUCGGCCGUCGUGCGAGUGGUUGGUCUCAGUCACUGGGUUAGGAAGCAUGUGUUUGAAGAAGAUGCAUUCCAGGUGUAGUCUUGUGCUUCAAGAUGGAACAAUUCUACCUGGCGAAUCAUUUGGUGCCAAAAUACCAGUCGACGGUGAAGUUGUGUUUCAGACAGGGAUGGUUGGCUAUCCUGAAUCUCUCACCGACCCAUCAUACCACGCUCAGAUCCUGGUGCUCACCUAUCCUCUCAUCGGCAACUACGGUAUUCCAGGAAGCGAGAAAGAUGAGCACGGCAUACCACACUGGUUCGAGUCGCACAGGAUCUGGGCCGCGGGGUUGGUCGUGGGGGAACUGUGCGAGACACCCAGCCAUUGGCGUCAAGCGACGACACUUUCUCAGUGGAUGCAGGAACACGGAGUUCCCGGGAUAUGCGGCAUCGAUACCAGGGAACUCACCAAGAAGAUUCGGGAGAGGGGAACCAUCUUGGGGCGAAUAGUGAUGGGCGUGCCUCUCUCCCCCUCGGCUGAAUUUCAAGAUCCGAACAAGCGGAAUCUAGUGUCGGAAGUAUCUGUGAAGGCUCCAGUUGUGUACAACGCCAAAGGAUACCCCAGAAUAUGUGUUGUUGAUUGCGGUCUGAAGUACAACCAACUUCGCUGUUUCUUGACGAGGGGAGUGCGGCUGGAUGUGGUUCCGUGGAAUCACGACCUGAACCCGGAUGAGUUCGAUGGACUGUUUCUCAGCAACGGGCCCGGCGACCCGGCUGUUUGUGACGUUACAGUUGACAACAUUAGGAAAGUCAUGGGGCAGGAGGACAAGAAACCCAUAUUUGGCAUUUGUUUGGGGCACCAGCUGUUCGCCACUGCCGCUGGCUGCCGCACCUAUAAGAUGAAGUAUGGUAAUCGCGGACACAACCAGCCGUGCACGCAUCACGGGACUGGCCGUUGCUUCAUGACGUCCCAGAACCACGGGUUCGCCGUGGAUGUUUCCAGUUUACCCGUAGGCUGGCUGCCUCUGUUCACUAACACGAAUGACAGCAGUAAUGAGGGCAUCGUUCACUCCGCGUUGCCGUAUUUCAGUGUACAGUUCCAUCCAGAGCACACAGCCGGACCUCAGGACCUGGAAUGCCUCUUUGACGUUUUCCUGGAUGUGGUAAAGAGACACAAGGAGGGAAGGGAAAUUUCGGUCCAGCAGUUGCUGUCUGAACAACUGAUGUAUUGUCCACCAUAUUCCACGAAUCCAUUGCAGCAUCUGCAUCCAAGGAAGGUGCUGAUCCUGGGCUCCGGAGGGUUGUCCAUCGGUCAGGCCGGGGAAUUCGACUACUCGGGCUCACAAGCCAUCAAGGCCCUGAAAGAGGAGAACAUUCAGACUGUGCUGAUUAACCCUAACAUUGCAACAGUGCAGACUUCUAAAGGCUUGUCGGAUAAAGUGUACUUCCUGCCGCUCGUCCCGGAAUACGUGGAACAGGUGAUAAUAUCUGAGAGACCGGAUGGCGUGCUGCUUACAUUUGGGGGACAGACGGCUCUGAACUGCGGAGUCCAGUUGCAGCGUGCCGGCGUGUUCGAAAAGUACAACGUUAUGAUCCUUGGCACACCAAUUCAGUCAAUCAUCGAGACUGAGGAUAGGAAGAAAUUUGCGGACCGGGUGAACGAGAUAGGGGAGAAGGUUGCCCCCAGUGCUGCUGUGUAUUCGGUUCAGGAGGCUCUGGAAGCAGCAGAGAAACUGGAGUACCCUGUGAUGGCCAGAGCGGCGUUUUCAUUGGGAGGACUUGGUUCGGGUUUUGCGAACAACAAGGAGGAGUUGAGGUGUUUGGCGCAGCAGGCGCUGGCCCACUCCAGACAACUGAUCAUAGACAAAUCCCUGAAAGGAUGGAAGGAAGUGGAAUAUGAAGUGGUUAGGGACGCAUAUGAUAACUGCAUUACGGUCUGCAACAUGGAGAAUGUUGAUCCGCUGGGUAUUCAUACAGGCGAAUCUAUUGUCGUCGCUCCAAGCCAGACGCUUACUAACCGAGAAUACAAUCUUCUUCGAACAACGGCAAUAAAUGUCAUAAAACAUUUUGGCGUUGUUGGCGAGUGUAACAUCCAGUAUGCUUGCAAUCCCAACUCAGAAGAGUACUAUAUCAUCGAGGUGAAUGCCCGUCUGUCGCGAAGCUCUGCCUUGGCCAGCAAAGCUACAGGCUACCCUUUGGCAUACGUAGCUGCAAAGUUGGCGCUUGGAAUUCCCCUGCCUGAUAUCAGGAACUCUGUCACGGGAUCGACCACUGCCUGCUUUGAACCCAGUCUCGACUAUUGCGUGGUGAAAAUCCCUCGGUGGGACCUCAGCAAGUUCAGUAGAGUCAGCACGAAGAUCGGAAGUUCAAUGAAGAGCGUGGGUGAAGUGAUGGCGAUCGGAAGGAAGUUCGAAGAGGCUUUCCAGAAAGCGCUGCGUAUGAUGGACGAGAACGCGUUAGGAUUUGACCCCUACGUGAAGGCGCUCUCUGACGAAGAACUGGAAACUCCGACAGACAAGCGCAUGUUUGUGUUGGCUGCUGCGCUGAAAGCUGGAUACAGCAUUGAUCGCCUUUGCGAUCUGACCAAGAUAGACAGAUGGUUCCUGCAGAAGAUGAAGAACAUUGUGGAUUACCAAGUGAUGAUGGAGUCACUGGGCCAGCCCCAGCUGUCGCAGGAGCUCCUCCUUAAGGCCAAGCAGUACGGCUUUUCCGACAAACAGAUCGCGACAUUUGUCAAGAGCACGGAGCUAUCUAUCAGGAAGAAGCGUUUGGAAAUGGGAAUUACUCCGUACGUGAAGCAGAUCGACACGGUGGCGGCAGAAUGGCCGGCAACAACCAAUUACUUGUAUCUGACAUACAAUGGUUCAGCUCACGACUUGACGUUCCCUGGUGGACACACGAUGGUCAUAGGUUCAGGAGUGUACCGUAUCGGCAGCUCGGUUGAAUUUGAUUGGUGCGCUGUUGGAUGCCUUCGAGAGCUGCGUAAGCUGGGCAAGAAAACUGUCAUGGUGAACUACAAUCCAGAAACUGUCAGCACGGAUUACGACAUGUGUGACCGAUUGUAUUUUGAAGAGAUUUCAUUUGAGGUGGUGAUGGACAUAUACUGUGUUGAGAAUCCUGAGGGAAUAAUCUUAUGCAUGGGGGGCCAGUUACCCAAUAACAUUGCCAUGGACCUGCAUCGCCAGCAAGCUCGUAUCCUGGGCACAUCUCCCGAGUCUGUUGAUGGAGCCGAGAACAGAUUUAAAUUCUCCCGUAUGUUGGAUCGCAUCGGAAUCUCUCAACCAAGGUGGAAGGAACUUACAAACCUCAAGUCGGCGAUCGAGUUCUGCGAAGAAGUCGGUUAUCCGUGCCUCGUGCGGCCAUCGUACGUGCUGAGUGGAGCUGCGAUGAAUGUCGCUCAUACUCCACAAGACUUGGAGACUUAUCUCAAGUCGGCAAGUGACGUCAGCAAGGAGCAUCCGGUUGUUAUUUCCAAGUUCCUUCUGGAAGCCAAAGAGAUUGAUGUCGACGCUGUUGCUUAUGACGGAAUUAUUCUCUGCCUCGCUGUCUGUGAACAUGUCGAGAACGCUGGAGUGCAUUCUGGAGAUGCAACCCUUGUCACGCCCCCUCAAGACAUCAACCCUCAGACCCUGCAGAAGAUUAUGGCAAUUUCAAGAGCGGUGGCCGGAGCCUUAGAAGUAACCGGGCCCUUUAAUAUGCAGCUGAUAGCUAAGGACAACGAACUGAAAGUUAUAGAAUGCAAUGUCAGAGUUUCUCGCUCAUUCCCUUUCGUUUCGAAAACGCUUGAUUUUGAUUUUGUGGCCAUGGCAACGCGUGUGAUUGUUGGAGAGAAGGUGGAGCCAGUCGACGUCCUUGCGGGAUGCGGGAAGGUCGGAGUGAAGGUGCCGCAGUUCUCGUUUUCACGACUCGCAGGUGCGGAUGUAAUGCUGGGAGUGGAAAUGUCCUCGACUGGGGAAGUGGCGUGCUUUGGAGAGAAUCGCUAUGAGGCGUAUCUCAAAGCCAUGAUGAGCACUGGGUUCGAGAUACCAAAGAAAGCAAUUUUACUCUCAAUUGGAAGUUUCAAGCACAAGAUGGAGCUUCUUCCCUACAUCAGCAGUUUAUCAAGGAUGGGAUAUAAACUGUACGCGAGUAUGGGCACCGCGGACUUUUACAUGGAACACGGCGUGGACGUUGAGCCCGUGCAGUGGACCUUCGAGGACAUCGACUCGACAGGCGGUGAGCUGAACCACCUGUCCGACUUCCUGGUCAGGAAGCAGUUUGACCUGGUGAUCAACCUGCCAAUGCGGAAUGGAGGGUCCGAGAAAAGGAUGGAAGGAUCCUGUUCAUAUGGACCUGUCGUCAGACAGAACACUAAAUAAAUAAUAAUAAUAAAAUGUUCUGUCUCUGACGUCGCGAUGGGGUUGCAGGCUUUGCAGUUGAUCGGUCGAGCGCCUCCAAUGAAGACGCACACGGACUGCAUGACCUCGCGGCAGAUGGUGAAGCUUCCCGGCUUCAUAGACGUGCACGUGCACGUGAGGGAGCCCGGUGCGACACACAAAGAGGACUUCGCCUCGGGCACAGCCGCGGCCCUCGCCGGGGGCAUCACCAUGAUCCUCGCGAUGCCCAACACCAGUCCGUCGGUCGUCGAUCUCCAGACCUUCUCGCUCGUCAAAGAGCUUGCUCACGCUGGCGCUCGCUGUGACUACGCUCUGUACCUGGGAGCAUCGAGCGACAAUUAUGGCGUUAUAUCGGACCUGGCCUCGUCGGCUGCGGGUCUGAAGAUGUACCUGAAUGAAACAUUCACAACUCUGACGCUCAAGGACCUGACAGUGUGGAGCAAACAUUUCAACAGUUGGCCCAAGAAGUACCCUCUCUGCGUGCAUGCAGAAAGUCAGACUACGGCUGCUGUGUUGCUAUUGGCAACGCUUCAUAGUCGACCGAUCCACAUUUGCCACGUGGCUCGCAAAGAAGAGAUACAGAUCAUCCGAGCCGCCAAGGAGAAGGGCUUGCCCGUGACGUGUGAGGUGUGCCCUCAUCACCUGUUUCUCACCGAGACGGAUCUGGACAGGCUCGGGCCGAAGAAGGGCAGCGUGAGACCCGUCCUAGGAACGCAGGAAGAUCAACAAGCGCUCUGGGACAACCUCGACAUAAUAGACGUGUUCGCCACGGAUCACGCGCCUCACACCUUGGAAGAGAAAACGAGCGAGAAGGCGCCGCCAGGUUUUCCUGGUUUGGAAACCAUACUGCCUCUUCUGCUGACUGCCAUCUAUGAAGGAAAGUUGACAUUAGAGGAUCUCAUCGACAAGUUCCAUCGGAACCCUCGCAAGAUCUUCAAUCUGCCAGAACAGCCCCACACAUACGUGGAAGUGGACAUGGAGGAGGAGUGGGUGUUGCCGGAGGCAAUGCCGUAUAGUAAGUCUCGGUGGACACCGUUCGCUGGCAUGAAGGUGCGUGGCGCUGUACACAGAGUUGUGGUACGCGGUGAAGUCGCCUAUGUUGAUGGGCAGGUGUUGGUUCCCCCUGGGUUUGGCCAGGACGUGCGAGAAUGGCAGACAAAGAAACAGCUGUUAAUCGGCCAUCAGGCACCCGCUGGACCGGACACUAGCCGCCCCUCAUCCAGCCUCGACUGUCCGAUUUCUCCCGUUGACAUUCCAAAGCUCACGGUCAAGGAAGUGGACAGGCACAGAGCAGACGAUGUGUGGGAAGGCGACAACGACAUGUACUCGAAACUUCUUUCUGACGCAAACGUAAGAACAAUCGGCUUUCUCGCACCGGAACUUGACUUGAAGGAGUACAUGAAGCUGCAGGCAGGAGUACGCAGCGUGUCGCCCCUUCCGUCCUUGGGCAUGGCUCGCCAUAAGAGCGAAAGCAAUCCGAACCUGUACGUCGCUCCCUUGGUGGCCGUGCCCGCGACGACCGGCAGCCACGGGCUGAUGGGACAGCACAUCCUCACUGUCAACAUGUUCUCUAAGGACCAACUGAAUGACAUCUUCAACCUCGCCCAGACACUGAGGAUAUUUGUGCAGAAGGAGAGGCCCCUGGAGCACAUCCUGAGGGGAAAGGUCAUGGCUUCCGUCUUCUACGAGGUCAGCACACGCACAAGCUGCAGUUUCUCAGCCGCGAUGCAGAGACUCGGAGGCCGUGUCAUCAACAUGGAUGAGACUAGCUCCUCGGUCAAGAAAGGGGAAACUUUAGAAGAUUCUAUUGCUGUGAUGGCUGGCUAUGCUGAUGUUGUGGUGUUGAGGCACCCAGAACCAGGUGCAGUCUCUCGAGCAGCGAACUACUGCCGCAAGCCUCUGAUCAAUGCGGGUGAUGGCAUCGGAGAGCACCCCACGCAGGCGCUGCUGGAUAUCUUCACAAUCCGAGAGGAGAUCGGCACUGUGAACGGGCUCACCAUCACGAUGGUCGGUGAUCUGAAACAUGGCAGGACGGUUCAUUCUCUUGCCAGGUUGCUGACUUUGUAUAAUGUGCAGAUCCGCUAUGUCAGCCCUCCGAGCCUGACGAUGCCGGUCCACGUCGUGCAGUUCUUAGCCUCGAAAGGAAUUUCCCAAGAAAAGUUUGAUUCUCUUGAAGAAGCCCUUCCGGAAACUGAUGUUCUCUAUAUGACGAGAAUACAAAGAGAGCGAUUCUCAUCGCAGGAAGAGUACGAGAAUGCUUGUGGACUGUUUGUGGUGACCCCACAGUUAAUGACUAGGGCAAAGCGCAAGAUGGUCGUCAUGCAUCCGUUACCCCGGGUGUUUGAAAUCAGCCCGGAGUUGGACUCCGACCCACGAGCGGCUUACUUCCGACAGGCUGAGUGCGGCAUGUACGUCCGCAUGGCUCUGCUUUCUAUGGUUCUUGGUAAAUGUUGAUCGUGUCCGCGCUAGUACAGUCAGGCGACUUAUUUUGUUCGGCUGCAUCAAUCAGAAACACACUGCAGCAUAGUAGCGGAAACUUGGGACUUCAACCGUGUAUUGGCCGAUAAUCGCCUUAUUACAAGCAUUCAGACAUCCGUACAAUAUUUUCUCCUCGCACGUUGUAUUUACAUUUAAAAUUAUUAAGUUGUAUCAGAUCAUAACAACUGUCCUCUCAUAUGAACGGCAUAAAUACGUCAUUAUACGGACUGAACGCACGGAAUAACUGGUAUUAUGUUGUCUCAUCACAGUGACAUUCAAUCUUCUCGCGUAAUUUAUACUUCAUCGGAUUUUUGCCUCAGACGAAAAGCAAGGGGAAACGCUUGUGCGGACUGUUCGUAUAUCAAAUCGUUCGGCCCCUAAAAGCGUAAAUGACGUUGAAUGUCUCCACUUCUCCUUUCGUCUUCCUGCUGCAGUGUCAGGUGUGUUGUUAUUCUUUUUAAUACGCGAAACAUUGGUAAAGCUCUCGGCAAAGGGUAACAGAAAAGUAAGAAAUAUGCGGUCGUUAACUCCUCGUCACUUCUGAUCAUUCCAAAUUAAAAUACUCUAUUUUUAUUAAUGUUUUUG